CGCUUCGCCCAGCUGGCCACCGAGCUCCAGGACCAGCUGGACACCCCCAAGAUCGUCAGCAGGCUGAAGCUGGAUGAGGUGAACAGCACAGCCGCCCAGCACCACCUCCGCACCCUCCUGGAGGACAUGGUGGAGAUGCAGAAGAUUCUCCAUGACUUGAACAUCCUCUCGGCGCUGGCCAAGCUGCUGCCCAGGGGAGCCUGUGCCAGCAAGGCCCCACUGCCCACUGCCAACAGCACCAGCUGGGCCAGCACCAAUGCCACGGGCAGCAAUGCCACAGCGGAGGAGGAGGGUGCCAGGGGGGACCUGGCCGGCGGUGACAACCCCCAGGGGCAGUUCUCAGCAUUUGUGCAGCUCUGGGCUGGGCUGCAGCCCAUCCUCUGCGGCAACAACCGGACGAUCGAGCCUGAGGCGCUGAAGCAGGGCAACAUGAGCUCGCUGGGCUUCACCAGCAAGGAACAGCGAAACCUGGGCCUCCUUGUGCAUCUGAUGACGAGCAACCCCAAAAUCCUGUAUGCACCCGUUGGCACUGAAGUAGACAAGGUCAUCCUGAAGGCCAAUGAGACCUUCGCCUUUGUGGGCAACGUCACCCACUAUGCCAAGGCAUGGCUGAACAUCUCCCCCGAGAUCCGUGCCUACUUGGAGGACGGCAGGCUGCAGAGGCGCAUCCGCUGGCUCCAGCAGUUCACUGCUGACCUCCACAAGCACCCGGAGAUCCUGAACGUCUCUGACAGCGAUGUUCUCCACAACUUCCUCAAUGGCAACUUCUCCCUGCCCAACGCCAGCGUCCUGCUCCAGCAGCUGGACACCAUCGACAAUGCUGCCUGCGGCUGGGUCCACUUCAUGGCCAAGGUCAGCGUGGACGUCUUCAAAGGCUUCCCAGAUGAGGAGAGCAUCGUCAACUACACACUGAACCAGGCCUACCAGGACAACGUCACGGUCUUUGCCAGCGUCAUCUUCCAGACCAACAGGGACGGCUCGCUGCCCCCCCAUGUCAUGUACAAGAUCCGGCAGAAUUCCAGCUUCACGGAGAAGACCAAUGAGAUCCGGCGGGCAUACUGGCGGCCCGGCCCCAACACCGGUGGCCGCUUCUACUUCCUCUAUGGCUUCGUCUGGAUCCAGGACAUGAUGGAGCGUGCCCUUAUCAACACAUUUGUUGGCCAUGAUGUGGUGGAGCCGGGCAACUACGUGCAGAUGUUCCCAUACCCAUGUUACACCCGGGAUGACUUCCUCUUCGUCAUUGAGCACAUGAUGCCCCUGUGCAUGGUGAUCUCCUGGGUCUACUCAGUGGCCAUGAUGAUCCAGCACAUUGUGACAGAGAAGGAGCAUCGCCUGAAAGAGGUGAUGAAGAUGAUGGGCUUGAACAAUGCAGUGCAUUGGGUGGCUUGGUUCAUCACCGGCUUCGUCCAGCUCUCCAUCUCGGUCACAGCGCUCACUGCCAUCCUGAAGUACGGCAAGGUCCUGAUGCACAGCGAUGUCCUCAUCAUCUGGCUCUUUCUUGCCAUCUAUGCAGUGGCCACCAUCAUGUUCUGCUUCCUGGUGUCGGUGCUCUACUCCAAGGCCAAGCUGGCCUCUGCCUGCGGCGGCAUCAUCUAUUUCCUCAGCUAUGUGCCCUACAUGUACGUGGCCAUCCGGGAGGAGGUGGCGCAUGACAAGAUCACGGCCUUUGAGAAGUGCAUCGCGUCCCUCAUGUCCACCACAGCCUUUGGGCUCGGAUCCAAGUACUUUGCGCUGUACGAGGUGGCCGGUGUGGGCAUCCAGUGGCACACUUUUAGCCAGUCACCUGUGGAAGGAGAUGACUUCAACCUCCUGUUGUCCAUGAUGAUGCUGAUUGUGGAUGCCGUGGUAUACGGGGUUCUCACAUGGUACAUUGAGGCCGUGCACCCAGGCAUGUUCGGCUUGCCGCGGCCCUGGUACUUCCCCUUCCAGAAGUCCUACUGGCUGGGCAACGGGCGAGUGGAGACCUGGGAGUGGACCUGGCCCUGGUCCCGCACUACCCGCCUCAGCAUCAUGGAGGAGGAUCAGGCCUGUGCCUUGGAGAGCCGGAGGCUGGAGGAGACACGGGGCAUCGAGGAGGAGCCGACCCACCUCCCAUUGGUCGUCUGCAUUGACAAGCUCACCAAGGUCUACAAGACAGACAAGAAGUUGGCGCUGAACAAGCUGAGCCUCAACCUCUACGAGAACCAGGUGGUGUCCUUCCUGGGCCACAAUGGCGCAGGCAAAACAACCACCAUGUCCAUCCUCACCGGUUUGUUCCCUCCAACCUCGGGCUCCGCCACCAUCUACGGCCACGAUAUCCGGACAGAGAUGGGCAAGAUCCGGAAGAACCUGGGCAUGUGUCCCCAGCACAACGUGCUCUUCGACAGGCUGACAGUGGAGGAGCACCUCUGGUUCUACUCGCAGCUCAAGAGCAUGGCAGAGGAAGAGAUCCGCAAGGAAAUGGACAAGAUGAUUGAGGACCUGGAACUCUCCAACAAACGCCACUCCCUGGUGCAGACCCUCUCUGGGGGCAUGAAGAGGAAGCUGUCGGUGGCCAUUGCAUUUGUGGGUGGGUCGCGGGCUGUGAUCUUGGAUGAGCCCACGGCUGGCGUGGACCCAUAUGCACGCAGGGCCAUCUGGGACCUGAUCCUCAAGUACAAGCCAGGGAGGACCAUCCUGCUCUCCACGCAUCACAUGGAUGAGGCUGACCUACUGGGUGACCGUAUCGCCAUCAUCUCCCACGGCAAGCUUAAGUGCUGCGGCUCUCCACUCUUCCUCAAGAGCACCUAUGGCGACGGCUACAAGCUGACGGUGGUGAAGAAGCAGUCGGACACCAGGAAUGGCACAGAACCAGGCCAGCCGCACAGUCCCCUGGCACAUUCCUCCGUCAGCCCCUGCUCCGAGCCCCGUGUCUCCCAGUUCAUCAAGAAAUACGUGGCCUCCUGCCUCCUCAUCUCAGACACCAACACCGAGCUCUCCUACAUCUUGCCCAGUGAGGCUGUCAAGAAGGGCUGCUUCGAGAGGCUCUUCCAGCACUUGGAGCAGAGCCUGGAGGAGCUGGACCUCACCAGUUUCGGGCUGAUGGACACCACGCUGGAGGAGGUCUUCCUGAAGGUGUCUGAGGAGGACCAGUCUCUGGAGAACAGUGAUGUGGACAUGAAGGAGUCCAAGAAGGAUGCCCUGCAGCCACCUGCCCCUGAGCUGGGCCUGAAGCCUGAGGCCAAUGGGGAGCCCCUUGCUGAAGUGGUCAUGCCAGCAAAGCCCCAGGUGGAGCUCAGCAACCUCAUGACCUGCUCCAAGCUGGCACAGUCACAGGCAUCCCUGCACUCGGCUUCCUCAGUGGGCUCCGUGCGGGGUGACGAAGAGCAAGAGGCAGAGGUAGAGGCAGAGGACCGUGACCUGGCUGGGCAGGGGAGCUUCAAGCUGGAGGGCUCGUGGCUGAAGCUGCGCCAGUUCCAUGGGCUGAUUGUCAAACGCUUCCACUGCGCCAAGCGCAACACCAAGGCCCUCUUCUCACAGAUCCUCCUGCCUGCCUUCUUCGUCUGCGUGGCCAUGACAGUGGCGCUCUCCGUGCCCGAAAUAGGUGACCUGCCUCCUCUCAUCCUCUCGCCAUCGCAGUACCACAACUACACCCAGCCCAAGGGCAACUUCAUUCCUUACGCCAAUGAGGAGCGGCGUGAGUACCGCAUCAGGCUGUCUCCCGACGCCAGCCCCCAGCAGCUGGUGAACACCUUCCACCUGCCCUCCGGCGUGGGGGCCACCUGCGUGCUCAAGAUAGCCUUCAACAACACACUGGACCAGCCCAUGCAGACCCUCAACCUCAACAGCAACGAGUCCAAGAUGCUGGCAGCCAAGUACUUUGAUGCCAUGUGCAUUGACUCCUUUACCCAGGGCCUGCCACUCUCCAACUUUGUGCCACCGCCUCCAUCCCCAGCUCCCUCCGACUACCCCAUCUCAAUGGAUGAGGACCUGCUCCGUGCCUGGAACUCCACGACCUUCUCCUCUGCUGUCAAAGAGACCGUGACCUCAGCCCCUGCCCUGCCCCGCAUCGUCCACGAGCCCAUCAAGUGCACGUGCUCCAUGCAGGGAACUGGCUUCUCCUGCCCCAGCGGUGUGGGGGGCCACCCCCCACAGAUGAAGGUGGUGACGGGGGACAUCCUGGCAGACAUCACAGGGCGCAACGUCUCUGAGUAUCUGCUCUACACCUCGGACCGCUUCCGGCUGCACAGGUACGGGGCACUCACCUUUGGCAACGUCCAGAAAUCCAUUCCGGCCUCCUUCGGGGCCAGGGCUCCUGCUACUGUGCGCAAGAUUGCUGUCCGGAGAACGGCCCAGGUCUUCUACAACAACAAGGGCUACCACAGCAUGCCCACCUACCUCAAUGCUCUCAACAACGCUAUCCUGCGAGCCAACUUGCCCAAGAGCAAAGGCAACCCUGCUGCCUACGGCAUCACGGUCACCAACCACCCCAUGAAUAAGACAAGUGCCAGCCUGUCCCUGGAUUAUCUCCUGCAAGGCACAGACGUGGUGAUUGCCAUCUUCAUCAUUGUGGCCAUGUCCUUCGUGCCAGCCAGCUUUGUUGUGUUCCUGGUGUCCGAAAAGGCCACCAAGGCCAAACACCUGCAGUUCGUGAGUGGCUGCGACCCUGUCAUCUAUUGGUUGGCCAACUACGUGUGGGACAUGCUGAACUACCUGGUGCCGGCCACGUGCUGCAUCAUCAUCCUGUUCGUGUUCGAUCUCCCGGCGUACACCUCUCCCACCAACUUCCCCGCUGUCCUCUCCCUCUUCCUGCUCUACGGCUGGUCCAUCACCCCCAUCAUGUACCCUGCCUCCUUCUGGUUUGAGGUGCCCAGCUCUGCCUAUGUCUUUCUCAUCGUCAUCAACCUCUUCAUUGGCAUCACGGCCACCGUCGCCACGUUCCUGCUGCAGCUCUUUGAGCACGACAAGGAUCUGAAGGUGGUGAACAGCUACCUGAAGAGCUGCUUCCUUGUAUUCCCUAACUACAACCUGGGCCAUGGCUUGAUGGAGAUGGCCUACAACGAGUACAUCAACGAAUACUAUGCCAAGAUUGGGCAGUUCGAUAAAAUGAAAUCGCCCUUCGAAUGGGACAUCGUGACACGAGGGCUCGUUGCCAUGACAAUUGAAGGCUUUGUCGGCUUCUUUAUCACCAUCAUGUGCCAGUACAACUUCUUCCGGAAGCCCCAGCGGCUUCCUGUCUCCACCAAACCCAUCGAGGAUGACAUCGAUGUGGCCAAUGAGCGGCACCGUGUCCUGCGUGGCGACGCCGACAACGACAUGCUGAAGAUUGAAAACCUCACCAAGGUGUACAAGUCCCGCAAGAUCGGGCGCAUCCUGGCUGUGGACCGGCUGUGCGUGGGCGUGCGACCUGGGGAGUGCUUCGGGCUGCUGGGUGUCAAUGGCGCGGGCAAGACGACCACCUUCAAGAUGCUGACGGGGGAUGAGAGCACCACGGGCGGAGAGGCCUUCGUUAACGGGCACAGCAUCCUGAAGGAGCUCCUGCAGGUCCAGCAGAGCCUGGGCUACUGCCCCCAAUUCGACGCACUGUUUGAUGAGCUGACGGCCCAGGAGCACCUGGAGCUCUACACUCGCCUGCGUGGCAUCCCCUGGAAGGACGAGGAGCGGGUGGUCAAGUGGGCACUGAAAAAGCUGGAGCUGACCAAGUACGCUGACAAGCCCGCCAGUACCUAUAGCGGAGGCAACAAGAGGAAGUUGUCCACAGCCAUCGCGCUGAUUGGAUACCCGGCCUUCAUCUUCCUGGAUGAGCCCACCACGGGGAUGGACCCCAAGGCACGGCGCUUCCUGUGGAACCUCAUCCUGGAUGUCAUCAAAACGGGUCGCUCCGUGGUGCUCACAUCCCACAGCAUGGAGGAGUGCGAGGCGCUCUGCACCCGCCUGGCCAUCAUGGUGAAUGGGCGGCUCAAGUGUCUCGGCAGCAUCCAGCACCUGAAGAACAGGUUUGGAGAUGGCUACAUGAUCACGGUGCGCACCAAGUCCAGCCUCAAUGUCAAGGAGGUGGUGAGGUUCUUCAACCGCAACUUCCCCGAGGCUGUCCUCAAGGAGCGGCAUCACACCAAGGCCCAGUACCAGCUGAAGUCGGACCAGAUCUCACUGGCACAGGUCUUCAGCAAGAUGGAGCAGGUGGUGGAUGUGCUGGGCAUCGAAGACUACUCUGUCAGCCAGACCACACUGGACAACGUGUUUGUGAAUUUUGCCAAGAAGCAAAGCGAUAACCUGGAGCAGCAGGAGACGAGCCCCAGCUGCACACUGCAGUCGCCCCUGGAGCGUGUGCUGAGCCUGCUGCGCCCCCGGGCUGCCCCCACGGAGCUGCGGGCCCUUGUGGUAGAGGAGCAGGAGGACCUGGAGACUGAUGAUGAAGGCCUCAUCAGCUUCGAGGAGGAGAGGGCUCAGCUCUCGUUCAACACGGACACGCUGUGCUGA